AUGGCGGGUGUUUUGUCCAUUCUCUCUGAGCAUCCUUCUCAUAUCCUGGCUAUUGCCUUUGGUACAGCCGUCCUCUGGCAACUCCUCCAAGCCGGCUACAACCUCUUCCUCCAUCCCCUACGAAGGUUUCCAGGACCUGUCCUUCAACGCGCUUCUCCUCUAAUCUGGGCCUGGCAACAUGCCACAGGCUAUCAAGCCUUUCGAACCCAGCUCCUCCACGACCGAUAUGGCCCCAUAGUCCGAAUCAGCCCAAAUCACCUGUCUUUCACCGAUGUGACGGCCUGGAAAGACAUAUACGGCUUUCAAAUCGGGAAAGAGCUGGCGGAAAACGAGAUCCCCAAGUCGCAGCUCUUCUCAACGACGAUCAAGAAUUUGCCCAUGAGCAUCAUCAAUGCCGAGCGUGAAGAGCACCAGCGGUACCGGCGGGCGCUAUCUCAUGGCUUCUCGGAUAGCUCUAUGCGAGCGCAAGAAGGCAUUAUCAUGAAGUACAUCGACAAACUGAUUUCUCGCUUGCAUGAGAACUGCGAUGGGAAAGAAGCGCCGCUUAAUGUGGAGGCUUGGUAUAACUGGACAACGUUCGAUAUUGCUGGCGACCUAAUCUUUGCGCAAUCGUUUGGCUGUCUCGAUCGCUCAGACUACCAUCCCUGGAUUGCCUUCAUCUUCAAAACUAUCAGAUACAAUGCCAUCAUGACAGCGAUGAAGUAUAUUGGCCUUGAUCCUGUUGUCCAAGGCCUCUUCCGGAUCGGUGGUCUUGCUGCGAUGAUGCAGUUACCCAAUGGUCUCAUUCUCGUCCUCGCCGGUUCGGAAACUACGGCUACAACUUUGGCCGGCACGACAUAUCUUCUGUUAAGAGAUACCAAGGUCCUGCAGAAACUUAACGAGGAGGUACGAUCGAGCUUUAACGACUCUAGCGAGAUCACCAUCAACUCAGUGAGCAAGUUGUCAUACAUGCUCGCUGUUCUCAAUGAAGCUUUGCGUAUGUAUCCUCCCGUGACGUCAAACCUCAUUCGAGAGGUACCGGAGUUUGGGUGUCAGAUUGGCGCAGAGCAUGUGCCUCAAGGAACUUUCAUCGAGAUCCAGCAAUGGUCCGCGAACCAUAGUCCAGAUAACUGGACUAAGCCCUGGGAGUUCAGGCCGGAGCGCUUCCUGGAAACUAACAAAGAGGAACACAACCAUUUAGACGCACUUCAAGCAUUCAGCGUUGGCCCACGCAACUGCAUUGGGAAGAAUCUCGCGUAUGCAGAGAUGAGGUUGAUUUUAGCCCGAAUCGUUUUUGACUUUGAUCUUCAACUGGCCGAAGGAAACGGGUCCUGGAUUCAGAGGCAAAGAGCAUUUGGUUUGUGGGAUAGAAUACCGCUGAAUGUCUACUUGAAGCCAGUUGCGCGUGAAGCCCGCGUAUAA